CUUCCGAUCCGUCUCCAGCUCCCCCCCUCCUGUGGUGACGUCACAAUCAGCCCACAAUUUGGCUUCCCCUCCCCGCCCGCGCUCCUUUUCUCCUUCUCCUUCUUCUUCCCUUUUUUCCUUCCCGCCCCCUUUCGGCCCCCUUCUUUCUUUCUUUCUUUCUUUCUCCCUUCCUUCCUUCCUCCCUUUCCCCGCCUCUGCGGCGGGACCCAGCCGGCGUUGCCUGCUUCUUCUUUCCUUGGGGCAGCCCUUCAGGAGGAGGCACCGGAGAGGGUGAACAAUGGAAUCCUUGGAUAACACAAUCAAUCGCUAUCUGGAUGUUUGGUUUGGUCCAAGAGAUCCCAGAGUAAAAGGAUGGCUUCUCCUGACCAACUACACGCCAACUUUCAUUUUCUCCGUCUUGUACUUAUUAAUCGUAUGGUUAGGACCAAAGUAUAUGCAGAAGAGACCGCCAUUUUCCUGCAGGGGCAUUCUAGUCAUCUAUAAUAUUGGACUUACACUGCUGUCCUUGUAUAUGUUCUAUGAGUUGGUGACAGGAGUGUGGGAAGGAGGAUACAAUUUCUUCUGUCAGGAUACACACAGUGGAGGUGAUGCUGAUAUGAAGAUCAUACGUGUCCUCUGGUGGUACUACUUCUCGAAGCUCAUUGAAUUUAUGGAUACUAUCUUCUUUAUAUUACGGAAAAAUAACCACCAGAUCACUGUUCUUCAUGUCUACCAUCAUGCAACUAUGUUGAACAUCUGGUGGUUUGUUAUGAACUGGGUGCCUUGUGGUCACUCCUAUUUUGGUGCCACUUUUAACAGCUUUAUUCAUGUCCUCAUGUAUUCCUACUAUGGGUUAUCUGCUGUUCCAUCCAUGCGCCCAUAUCUCUGGUGGAAGAAAUAUAUCACUCAGGGACAACUGACUCAAUUUGUCCUGACAAUCUUCCAGACAAGCUGUGGAGUUAUUUGGCCAUGUCGAUUUCCAAUGGGAUGGUUGUAUUUCCAGAUAGGCUACAUGAUCUCCUUAAUUAUCCUUUUCACAAAUUUCUAUAUUCAGACUUAUAACAAGAAGGCACCCUCCAGAAGGAAAGAGUAUCAGAAUGGGUCCGCGGCUGUGAACGGGUACACAAAUAGCUUUUCUUCCCUCGAGAACAAUGUGAAGCAGAGAAAACAAAGAAAGGAUUGAAGACCAAACUGAGAAACCCUUUUGACAUUCUGGGCAAAAACAACAACAAACAACAAAUCAUCUGAUUGUAAGCACAAUAUGUGUUGUGCACUGAUAACUCUUGACAGCUACUGUAACUAUUCCUGCCUAGAAUAGUGUUGAUUUAUGUAGGACUUUAACCAGUGCAAAACAUCCUAGAAACUCUCCAUAGGCUAAAGUUGAUGAUGUUGAUCAUACUGAGGGGGUCACAUACCCAGGGAUAAACUGUGGAAGGGAGUAUUAUUGUAGUAUAUAUAUAUAUAUAUCAUAUAUACAUAUAUUUAUGUAUGUAUAUGUAUAUAUAGAGACACUGCUGUUGCCUUACUAGUCUAUAAGAUAGGUGCUGAAUUCACUAUUUCAGAACUGUAAUCCAAACUCAUAUUUUUUAACUGUAGAUAAUGCAUGUGAUUGUAAUUUGUACCAAUGAAGUUCGGUUUUUUAUUUUUAUUUUUCCAGUAGUUUAAAACACACAUGCCUUAAAUUAAAAUAAAAGCAGGGCCCAAAAACUUAAAAAAAACAAAAAACAACUGUUUUGCAAGUGUAUGGAAAUGUUUCACUUCAUAUUAGGGAGCACUUUCUUAUGGAAGACAGAUUAGAAUGUGGUACAGAUCCCCAAAUAUCAAAUCACACAAUUGUACUUUUGGUUGUGAAAGGUGCAUAUGUAUGUUCAUAUUAGGUUUCCUAUCUUCAAAAUGUUCAUAAGUGGCAGAGAGGAAAUGCCCACAGUGGAUAUUUGGAUAAGACUGCACCUUCACUUGCAGAUACUUUGUGUACACUGUUGAUCAUGGAUGUAGUCUAUGUGUGUUCUGUAUUUGGAGAUUCCAAGUAUGUAAUGGACGGUUGAGGGGCCACAUCCAUUGUCUAGUUCUUUUAUGAUUCAUUCAGAUGCACUGUGUGCAUUUGUUGUCAUGUUAGGAAGCUACCAUGAAACCUGGAAUGGUGGAAACCUCAAGGCCUGAGUCUACUACAAGCAACUGGUUUAUGAAAUGUAAUGACCAUUGAAAAAGAAAGAUCUUUUAUUUCUGCCGAGACUUGAAAUGGAAGAACUAUCAAAUCAUGUGUGGUACCUUUUUUUAAAGUUCUGUUUAUCACAAAUCCGAAGCAGUUUUUUUAAAACUUGAUCAAGUUUUAAUGUUCAUUAAAUUGGCACUUAAAAUGUAGAAUCAGGAUGCCAGCUCUCCAAACACUGGAGCAACCAUGCCCAAAUUGGUAGCCUCUGGGUGUAUUUGGACUACAGUCUCCACAGUGUCCAGCCAGCACAACAUUAAUCAAGCACCACUUCUGGUACGUGCCAGGAUUGGGAAGAUUGGAUGAGAGAGAAGGUAGAGGGAAGAAGAAAGUGGCCAUGAACUAUUACUUCCUUUCAAUUGGCGUUCACAACUUGGUACUUGAAAUUUACAGCAUUCCUUUCUAAAAAUGUCAACACAAUGUGAGAUGAAUCAGCCUUGGUCUGUUGUUUUGAGUCACCUACCAUUUGAUGGAGCCCUCCAUGGCGCAGUGGGUUAAACCCUUUUGCUGGCAGGACUGCUGACCUAAAGGUCGGCUGGUCGAAUCCAGGGAACAAGGUGAGCUCCCAUCUAUCAUCUCCAGCUCAUGCGGGGACAUGAGAGAAGCCUCCCACAGGAUGGUAAAACAUCUGGGCGUCCCCUGGGCAACAUCCUUGCAGAUGGACAAUUCUCUCACACCAAAAGCGACUUGCAGUUUCUCAAGUCACUCCUGACACAGACAAAACCCUACUAUUUAAGAAAGUAGCUGGGUAGAAGAUGCAGCUGGUGUAACACACACACUGUUUUCAUUGUUAGUUUUCAAAGAAACAUUCCCAGGGUGAAACUUGUCAGACACAAUGCAAAGCAGUAUAAGUGGCCAGUGUUGUGAUGGGCCUGCAUUUUCCAAACUAACUGAGAUGUUUGACCAAAUCUUAAAAAGUGAUUGCAGGGUAAUUUUUGGUAUUUGGCUUUUUUAGUAUUUAAGUUGGCAUUUUUGUGGCUAUUCCUAUAGCAAGCAUCGGGUUGGAUCUCAAAAACACGGAGUGUAAUUCCAGUGGCAGAGCCCUCCCUCUGCUGCUCUCUUCAACCCUGAAAAAUUGACCCCCAAAAUAAGAGGACUAACCCUUUCACAGCACAUGGUGUGAGUCAGGCGGGUAAAAAGGAGCUAAGAAGGGAGAAUUCAGGGACCUGUCCCAAUGCAAACAGAAAUAGCUUUCACUCACUCAAGCAGCCCUUUGGUCCAAUGCAUUGACUUUAAAAAUGUGCCUAUAACAAACCGUGGAUUGCCAUAGCCUGGAAGGGAGAUGUGUUUGGACCAUACUGUUACACAGAGAAGCCUUGUAAACGUGUUGGUAAUGAGUUUCCGUUCUCUUAGUGUCUAUCUCACCUAUACUUCUUACCUUGUCUAAGAUUUAUGUAGAAAUGCUUGUUGAAAUUACUGUUAACUGUAAAAUCACACAUAAAUCCAUUGCAAAGCAGGCGUCAGUUAACAGAUACACUGUGUAAUGGGAUGGAGUUUUAGCCUAUUAACAUGUUAGUCCAAUGUACUUCAUUUGUGUCAAACCAUCCUAUUGUUCAUAUGCCCCAGUUUAAUCUAUUAAUUACGAUUUGAUAUUUAGAUAAAUAUCAAUUUUACCAUGGUUUUGCACAUUUGAUUUGGGGGAACUGGAAAGUUUUCCCUCUUUAGCCUUGCUGAUUUUUAAAAAUUUGCUUCUUUUUGAAAUGAGAGACAGCACCAGUUUCCUUUCUAUGUGUGUGCCUCCGUGCUUUUUUUAAAAUGCGCUCAAAGUUUGUGUGUAUGUGUCUUGGUUUCUAGGUACUGAUUAGCAAAGUCUUUACAUAUUUCAUACAGCAGCUUCACCAUUCAAAGUAUGCUGUCUAAAUGUGUGCUAAAAUAAAAAAACACCUCUAGCUUGUCUGAAAAAAUUGCAUUAUUAAUGUUUUGUGUCUUAAUCAUUAAAUCAUUCUUGAUUA